AACAAACUUCAAACCCCCGCGACUAUGCAACCAACAAAACACCUCCAUCCCGUCUGCGUAAUGGCGACUCCAUUACAGCAGCCCACUCCGUUUUUGUCGAUCUGAUCGACUGUAACUCCAAUAAUUCGCAUUGUUAUAGUUCGCCGAAGACACUCAACCCCCAGAUGGUAAAAUAAACAAACGGUAUGUCUCAUCUCGAGACGACUCUGAGGCCCCAGCCUCGAUUGGAUCUCAAGUGGCUUAAAAGCGAUCUCCAGAAUAUACUCACCGAAGAGAGCAGCCUCAUAAAUUGCUGGAACAGUCUCAUAGCGGACGGGGAAGUCACCGGUGCCUUUUCAGACGGGCUGUUGAACAGUGCGGGGGUCACGGCGCGAAAGGGCGAGUUCGGGAAGUAUUACUGCAACCAGAAGGUAUUAACGUGCACUUGUUGUGAUGGGAUUUGUGGGCCCUCGACGGGCUGCAACUGCCAGCCGUGCCAGAAGCUGGACAGCGAGGAAUCAGCGCAGAAGGAGGGCAAGGAGGCGCUGCCCAGCACGGAGAGCCUGUUGGCGAGGUGGGCGUGGACCCCACAGCCAACCCUUGAACAACUCUCGCAGUUCAUCUCGAGUCUCAACGCCGAGCAGAAGUUGCUCUGUGGAGAGGCCGCCAGUUCGACGCUUUCGGCCACACGACUGCACUUCAGACUUGUGAUUUUAAAGCGCUACUUUGUAGCUCUCAACAGGGUUCCGCAUUCCGUGGAUUACGAGCACGGGCUGAUUACUAGUAGGAAAUCGACUGAAUCUCUUCAAACUAGGAACUUAGUUAAGUUAGGGAAAAGCAAGACGUGGAAUUUGGAUCCCGCCGUGGGGUUGGCGAGGGUGGGGUCGAGGGCGGCCCUCAAUUUCGCAUUCGCGUUUUUGAGGAAGGCCUGGCGAAUGGGUGAAGAUAUAGAUUUGUGUAGUGAAUUGUUGACCGAAUCUUUGGAGGCGUUACAAAUGUUGCCUGUGGCCACGCUUUUCCAGCAGGGGGAGGUGUCACCAGUGUGGCUUGAAGUGGUGGAGAGUUCAGUGAAAUUUUUGCGACAAGUGAUUACAGGUGACAUGUGCGGAGGCAGACAAAACUUCGCCAUUCCGAUCGAAGACCAACACACCUCCCUGAACCUCCUAAUGGAACUAGCCAUCCAAAAAGGGACUCUCAGCAGCAUACUCGACAUCGUCCUGCUGCUCCUAACCCUAUGGGACAAACAAACGAAUCUCAACGAUAACCGGAACAUCUCACAAAUGGCCAGCGCCCCUCUGCUGCCAUUCCUCAAGCGCUUCUCUCAAAUCCCGUCACCGUCGCCCGAAUUCUCCGACAAAGACCCCGAAGAGAAUCUCACUUGCACUCAAACCUUCCUCAACUUCGUCGAACUCCCCGACGACGACGCCCUCGAAGUGGAUUUGAAGCAAGGCGCGAGUUUCAUGAUGGCGCACCUCGACAGACUAGCGACGCCCCACAUACCGCCACUGUCUUUCAACAAGUCGAAUUUUUACUACAACGGCCAGCGCGUUUUCGGCUGGGGCUGGUUCUCGUGGACCUUCGGCGUCGGGCCCCAGAACUGCGACACCAUCUCCGAGUUGACGGUCAAGCAGAUUUGCUGCUCGGAUCGCACGAUUUUGAUGUUGACGCAAAGCGGGAAAGUCUACUUCAUGUAUUAUUCGUCGGACACGCAGUGUCCCCAGGUGUUGGAAGCUUUUCAAGAUAAGGAAAUUGUUAAAAUCGCCGCGCAUCCCGAAGGUAAACACUUCUUGGCGCUGACUCAAGACUACGAUGUUUAUUCGUGGGGAAAUGGAGAUGGAGGCCGGUUAGGCCACGGAGACACCUCCUCCAAAGACGAACCCACCCUAAUCCAGGCCCUCAAGGGCAAGGACAUCGUCGACGUAGAGUGCGGCGGCACCUACAGCGCCGCCAUUUCGGCCAACGGCGCCCUCUACACCUGGGGCCGCGGCAACUACGGCCGCUUGGGCCACGGCACCGCCGAAGACUGCCUCGUCCCCACCAUGAUCUCCGCCCUUUCCGACGAACACAUCGUCAAGGUAGCCUGCGGUUCCUUCUACGCGCACACCCUGUGCGUCACCUCGCAGGGAAAAGUGUACAGUUGGGGCGACGGCGACUACGGCAAACUAGGCCGAGGCGGCUCCGACGGCUCGAAACUCCCCCGCUUGAUCGAGAAGCUCCAAACCGUCAAAAUCUCGCAAGUCUACUGCGGCGCUCAGUUCAGCGUGGCGCUCUCCGACGACGGUAAAAUCUACACCUGGGGCAAAGGCGAGGGCUGGAAGUUGGGGCACGCGACCGAAGAGCACGUGCGGUUCCCCGAGAUGGUGGAGGCUCUGCAGGAUAAGCGCGUGGUGGCGGUGAGCCUGGGGGUGGGGCACGUGUUGGCUUUGACCGAAGAAGGGGAGGUGUACGCCUGGGGGAAGAACGAAAACAAGCAGGUGUGUGAUAGCUUGGAGUUGUACGUGCAGCAGCCGCGCCUGGUGGAGAGCUUGAGGGGACAGCGGGUGGUGGGGGUGUGCUGUGGGCCGGCGCAGAGCUUCGCGUGGACGGACGUCAACUCCAGGACGCCGAAGACGUCGGUGCCGUUCGUGAUUGAUUUGUCGGAGCAGACUUUCAAGUUAAUCGACAAGUUGUUGGAGGCGGUGGUGACCAACAGUAUCGCGCAGGAUAAGGAGUGUAUUGCGGUGGCGGCGUUGAAUCUCCUCCACCUUCAGCUUCAUAGCAUCAUCAGCAACAAUCUCGACACAAAAUCCCUCGGGAUCUCCCCAACCAGCAAGCUCCUCGGGAGUUUAAAGACCCAAGUCGUGUGCCUCGCCAGCGCCUCCGACAUCCUCCCCUCCGUGCAAUUAGCGGCCCAAAACGCCCUCCAAGCCGGCUGGUCGGUCCUCCUUCCUACCGCCAACGGGCGCGCUCGCAUCCUCAGCUCCCUCCUCCUCAACAGCGACUCCGAGGCGAAGAUGUGCAAGUCCGGCCACCGCUUCAUGACCGACCUGCUCGUGUGGAGCCUCAUGGCGGACGGCGGGCUCGAGACCGCCCUCAACGAGGCCCUAGGUCUCGACAUUUCCGAGCUGACCGACUCCGACGAGACUUUCGAGCAGUCCACGACCCACAUCACCAUCCCGCUGCUCUACCUCAUCAAGCAGCUCAUCCGGAACGGCAGCGCUCAGACGCAGACGUACCUCCGGGAGUUCGGCAAGGCGGCGCUGCAGAAAAACGUGCCGUCGCCGAGCUUGAAACUCCUGUCGCGCUUCCAGAGGUUGUUGAUCGGGAGGAUCUUCUCCAAGGAGGUGGAGUGCCAGGACGCUUGCGAGACGCUCUUGGUCAAGUAUCUGGAGUGCUUCACGUCUCACGUGACGGCGACGCUCAACGUCGCCUUCGACAGCUGCUCCACGAACCCGAAGAACUUGGCGGGAGCGAUGCAGGUCCUGAAGGGGGACGUCGUGGGAAUCUUGCUCCCGGAGUUGAUCUGCAGCCUCAUCCUCCUCGAAACCGAAGUACCGAUGUUUUUGACGUCGGUCAAUUGGUUAAGCGUCUUCGGCGAGGUGCUAAAGAGCCUGGACAAACUGUGUCGGCUGUCGCCGGACGUGGACUCCUCCGACGUGGACGACAUCUCCUGGCGCGGCGUCACUCAAACCAAGCAGAGCCACUACACCCACAAACCCUACGACGACCUCCCCCUGAUCCGCAAAGCCGACUUGGACAACCACAACAUGGACGGCGGCUUGUGGGUCCUCAUCAACAACAAAGUCUACGACGUCCAGGACUUCAGGUGCGACAACUCCUCCAUCACCGAGCUGCUGCAGAAGUACGCCGGCAAAGACGCGACGCAGUUCUUCAAUAGCUCCGCCUACCACUUAUCGGUGCUGCAAAUGAUGGAGAACUACGUCGUGGGGAAUUACUGUCAACCCGAACCCGAGUUCCCCCAGAGCAGCGCGGACAGUCUGCAUGUCUACUCGACCCUGUUCGACACCGAGCGCAACCUGGGGUACCUGCUGGGGUUGCACGCCUUCAACCUGAGGCAGAGCUUGCCGCUGCAGAGCGAAGAGAGCGCUUCGAGCCAGUGGCUGAACGCCCGCUUCCUGCGGGCAGGUCUGCAGGUCGACCAACCCCCGAACCCCUACGGCGAGGAAAAGGGCGAGUCCAGGAGUACCAACUCGACGACCGAAAAUACUCCAACCGAGCCUCGAGUCAACGAUACUCAAAGAAUCUCGAAAAAAUUCCAGCUGCCUAUCGACCGCAUCAACUCAUUCAUAAACGCUUUGGCCGAGAGUCGCCUUUCCGACUCUUAUGUCAUAUCGUUUCUCGCAAUAGUAGAGCAGCACUCAAAGCAGAAUAAUUUUUUGACCAGAGUGGAUUUUUCUUUUGAACACCCUAUAGAAGAAAUCGGUAGAGUUCUAUAUGCCGUUUUGUUGAAACAUUUAGGAUUGGGAUAUGUCGUGCUACCCAUUUUAGAUGCAUACUCGUCCCAACCGAACGUCAAAGUACCCAAAGCCAUAGCCGAGAUGAUCAAGCUAGUCCACACCACCAAGUGGAACCUCAUUAAAAUGCGUCAAGAACUAAACAAAAGCUACAAAGAAAUCUGUAUCCCGCUUCUAGAAAAAUGCAGGUUUUUGUUGUACGACGUCAGACCCAGCGUCAGCGUCGAAAUGGAAGCCUUCAAAAAAGUCAACAUCCUGUAUAAAGAACCGCGAGUGCGCACUCUAGUGAGAAAAGUCAUCAAAGACCUCAAGUGCGGUCGCCACACCUCCGAGAUCCAAAAACCCGAGGACAUCGUCAACGCCACCAUACAAUCACAGAGCGAAAGACACCGUUCGAACGAAGACGUCAGCAAAUCUUCCAUGAAGAAGACCUCCUCCGACGGGAAAAUAUCAGAGAGCAAAAGCGAAACCGACGACGUCAACAACGAGAUUAAAAACGGAGCGCAGAAAGCCUCAGCCGAGAGUCGCUCCGACCCGCCCAAAACCCGCGUGGAAUGGAACGUGGAGAAGAUCGAGAACGACGCGAGGACGGAACAAAGCGAGGAAGACAAGGAGAAGAAAAUCGAGAACGAAAUCGCUCUGAGCGGGAUAGUGAGUAAGUUGACGGAGCGACAAAUGAAGAAGGUCUGCGGCGAGAACUUGGAGUUGAUGAGCGCGAUUUUGGAGUUCGUGGUGCAGGAGACCUGCGACGUGGAGAUUCUCAGAAAAGCUAUGUAUUUUCAGGUGAAGCGGUGCAAAAUCCGCAAACAGGGUCUGUGGUUGAUUAAUCGCCUCUUGCACGAAAACUCCUUACUCAACUCGGUCAAGUACGCGAUAAUCAACGGGUACUUGAACGUCCAUGCGAAAUCCGAGAAUACUCAGCACUGUUUGGACAACAUCCAAUUAGUGACGCCGUUCAUGAAAACCGAGAUUUUGUUGUCGCAGCUGUCGGUCACCGAGUGGUGUAUCGAUAAUCUGCGUGGGUUUAUUUUGAGGGACGUCCCAGCCAAGACUGGUAAAACUAAAGGAACAAACGCCAAAGUUACUCUCAAUCUGGGUACCUACACCCUCCUCAGAGACGUCCCCAGAGCACGAAUGAUCCUAGCCAUUUUGGGUAUCCUCGCUUCGAACCGAUACACCUCUUUGGAACUCAGUCCUUUGGUCAAUAGCGGCGUCAUCAGUUCGGUUUUAGCUCUCUUGAAACAAACCGGCUGCGAUCAGAGCAUCGUCCGGAAGACUAGUUGUUUGAGUGGUCCGGAGCUUGCCGCUUUGAUGAAAUUGGGGACCAAGGUAGUGAGAGGAGCUGAUUGGAAGUGGGGGGACCAGGAUGGGUGUCCGCCCGGGGAAGGUAGAGUGAUAGGGGAGUUGGGGGACGACGGGUGGGUGCGUGUGGAGUGGGCUAACGGUACGACGAACAGCUACAGGAUGGGGAUCGAGGGGAAGUACGACCUGGCGCUGGCGUCGCCGCCGUCGCCCGUCACCACGGACACGGACACGGAAGAACCGAGCGACCACACAGCUUCCCAAAUCGUCAAAGACAACCAACUCAUCAAACUCCUCCGCGACGCAAGCGUGAAUUUUCUCCGGAAUGUGUCGAUAAGUGCCGGUUUAGCGCAAAGUAAUCUUCACCCCACCACGAUACACGGCUUAAGUAGCCUUUUCUGUGCGACCUUGAGCGCCCCCACCAUUUCGGAGUGGUGCAACUUGACGUUGGUGCGCAGCAUCGCCCAGACCACACAGAUGUGUCGCGCUUUUAGCACGAAACCGUGGAUUAACAUGCUUUUGGGGUUCCUAUCAGCCCCUAGCAACAUCUGCGGGAACGAACUGAACCUUCCCAAGCAGAUUUUCGCCGUUAGAUUCCUGCUCACGGUUCUACAAUCUUGGGAUAUGGAUAAUUCGGAAAUCCCGGGUUUGCUGGAGAAGUUGUUGAAUAUCUUGGGGAAGAUAAUCCUGACGUGUUCCUACGACACCGGGAAUAAGCCUCAAGGGGCUAAAUCUUUGGUGCUUUUGACUCAGUCGCACAGUAGCACCUUGGGUCAAGAAAUUAUCAACUUGUUGAGGUGUCUUCACGGCUUAGUCGGUUGGAAUCAGGUGUUGAACGCAAUUUUAGCGCAGAAGCUUAAUCUAGCGGCUUAUUUCUUGAGCGACACUUGCUUGAUGUCGAUGAUUAACGACGGCAACACGUCCGACCAACAGCAUUACAUGGUGAUAGCGUGCUUGAAUGUGAUUGGUGCUUGGGACGUCCGGCCACGAAUUGGAAGUGUCGUGGAACUGGAAGGUCUGCAAGGUACAGUGGUUAGAGUCACCCCGAAAGGUAAACUCUGUGUCCAAAUACACGAAACCGGAGAAAACAAAAAGGUGUCGAUCAACGGCAUGAAGUUGCUGCCGCAACUAGAAUACAACUUCGAUAGAAUGCCCUUAAGCGAGAGUAUGAUUAAAACUUGGGCCAGCUUAUUGUUGAAUCGACAAAGCACGGCCCUCAACAGCCACGAGAAAAAGCCUCUUCAUGGCCAGGUCAACGCCGCGUAUCUUCGGACCCAGCACAACACCUUAAGUGCGUUAAACGCGGCUCGAAUGCUCAACGGCAACCAAUACAAACUAAGAAAAGUCCUCAAGCACGCAAUCAACGGCAUGGACCAAUCGCAAGAACAACAAUCGAUCGAGGAAGAACUCAACCAACAACCGAUUCUCCUGAUCCAGAAACUGUUAGCCAAAGCCACGCAACCCAGCCCACUGAAACCGGGCUUCACCAGACAAGAAAUGCAACUAGCAGCCCUCAAUUUGAGUCAGUACUUGGCGGCCGAAGGCAACUUCGCCUCGUCGGGGAGCGUCAACAACGACAAGACCACCCCCAAGUAUUGCACCAGGUGCAACAGCGAGGUGCAGACUCCGAAUAGCGAGUGUUCGGUGAAGAGCGUCGUCAGCGAGAAGCCGAAGAAGAAGGAGAGCGAGGAGGUGCCGCUUCACCCGAUGGUGUCGCAGAUUGUGGAGAUGGGGUUCACGAAGAGGGCGGUGGAGACGGCGAUCAAGUCUUUAGCUAUAGGUCCUGAUAAUUUGACGACGCCGGAGUCUAUAGUUUGCUGGUUGCUGGAGCACCCGGAGGUGGCGGCGUCCGACACGGAGUCACUGAGUUCGAUCUGCGAGUCGGACACGGAGUCGGUGUCGUACGAUAAUGGAAAUGCGAUGCAGCCCUUCGUGCAGUUCGGCGAUGAUUUCUCCUCGACACAAACCUACUGCCGCCGCUCCCAGUUCCUUUCAAACGACGAGUACGCAAUGUACGUCCGAGACAACGUCGAGGUGGGAAUGUUGGUCCGAUGCUGCAAAAGCUACGAAGAAGUCCACCUGGGUGACAUCGGAAAAGUGGUCAAAGUUGAUAGGGAAGGUCUACAUGACUUAAACCUACAGGUCAACUGGCAACAACGCGUCAACACCUACUGGGUCAGAUUCAUCCACGUGGAACUACUGGGCUUUCCACCCUCGGCCCCCACCCCGUCCACCUUAAAAAUCGGCGACAAAGUCCGAGUGAAAUCGACCGUCUCCACCCCGAGGUACAAGUGGGGUCACGUGACCCACGACAGCGUCGGAGUAGUUGCUGGCAUUUCUCCGAACGGACAAAAUGUCCAAGUCGACUUCCCCAAGCAGCAGAACUGGUUGGGCCUCGUCUCCGAGAUCGAGGUGGUGCCCUCCUGCCACGAGGGCGUCGCCUGCAACGGCUGCUGCGUGGCGCCCAUCUCCGGGCCGCGCUUCAAGUGCAAGGUCUGCGACAACUUCGACUUCUGCGAGAACUGCUUCUACACCAAGCGCAACCACAAGCACUCGUUCAACCGGAUCAACGAGCCGGGGGGCGCCGAGGUGCACGCCGGCAAGGCCGGCAAGUACUGCCGCCACGACGCCUUCGAGGGCGAGGGCGAGCUCAUCUCCGACUGGGGCAAGUGCGUGCGCAACGUCACGGUCUCGUCGAAGUACGCCGCCAGGUUCGAGAUCCCCGGCUCGAUUUGGCAGAGCUGCGGCAGCCAGGGCAAGCACUGGAUCCGGCUGGAGAUCUUCCCGGACGUCGUCGUCAAGAGUUUGAAGAUCGGGGUGGAUCCGGCCGACAACAGCUACAUGCCGUCGGUGAUCGUCAUCAACGGGGGCUCCACGCUCAACUCCUUGACGGAGCUGAACGUCAUUAACGUGAAGAGCCACGACACGUCGGUGGUUCUGUUGACGAAUUUGGACAAGUUUUACCCCAUCAUUGAGGUAAACAUCGCCAAGUGCCGAAACAACGGCAUCGAUUGCAAAAUCCACGGAAUGACGAUCGUGGGAAUGAAACGACAGUCCCACGGCGAGCUGAAGACGUCGAUCUCCUUCCUGGCGAACGACUGGGACCUGAAUCAGGAACAAAUCCCGGGACCGUCGACGUCCUCGAAUAUCGCGCAAGACUCCAACGGCGAGCCGUCGCCGACAGUCGGUUGUCGAGUGUUCGUCUGGGGUCUCAACGACAAGGACCAAUUAGGAGGCAUGAAAGGUUCCAAGGUCAAACUACCCGUCCAAUCAGACUUCUUAAGUCAACUUUGUCCAAUUCACAUCGCCGGUGGGUCGAAAUCUUUAUUCAUCGUGUCGCACGAAGGAAAACUGUACGCUUGCGGCGAAGGAACGAACGGUCGGUUAGGUCUGGGCCACAACAACAACGUGCCCUACCCACGCCCCAUACCCUUCCUCAGCCAGUACGUGAUCAAGAAAGUCGCAGUUCAUUCGGGAGGGAAGCACGCCAUGGCGCUGACCCUCGACGGAAAGGUCUUCUCGUGGGGGGAAGGCGAAGACGGCAAGCUCGGCCACGGCAACCGUUUGAAUUUAGACAAGCCGAGGAUGAUCGAGGCUUUGAGGAGCAAAAAAAUCCGAGAUAUAGCUUGCGGAAGCUCGCAUUCGGCGGCCAUUACGAGCAGCGGGGAGUUGUACACGUGGGGGUUGGGCGAAUACGGGCGGCUGGGGCAUGGCGACAACAUCACCCAGCUUAAACCGAAAAUGAUCAAAACGUUGUCUGGACAUCGCAUCGUGCAAGUGGCUUGCGGCAGCCGGGACGCUCAAACUCUGGCUCUCAGCGACGAAGGGUUGGUGUUUUCGUGGGGCGACGGCGACUUCGGUAAAUUGGGUCGUGGGGGGUCUGAAGGGUGCAACGUCCCUCACAACAUCGAGCGCUUGAACUCGCUGGACGUGGUCCAGAUUGAGUGCGGGGCUCAGUUUUCGUUGGCUUUGACGAAGAGCGGCGAGGUCUGGACCUGGGGCAAAGGCGACUACUUUCGGUUAGGUCAUGGCUCUGAUCAGCACGUCCGCAAGCCUACGGUAAUCGAAGCCCUCAAGGACAAGAAGGUGAUUCAUGUCGCUGUGGGGGCGUUACACUGUCUGGCGGUUACGGACACCGGACAGGUGUACGCUUGGGGGGACAACGACCACGGUCAACAAGGCAACGGUUCGACCAUCGUCAACCGGAAACCAGCGCUGGUGCAUGGGUUGGAGGACGUGCACAUCAACAGAGUGGCUUGCGGAAGCUCGCACUCGAUCGCGUGGACUUUGCAGGACACGCAGAUCGUCAACAAAGUCGAGCCGGUUAUCUUUCCGGUUGCUAAGGACCCACUAGGGGCGUCCAUUUUGAAACUCUACGAAGGUGAAAAAGUUACGAAUAAGCAAGCGGCGAAGAACGCGCCUACGUUGAGCAGUAUUGUGAUGUCGUUGGAGAGCAACACCGCCAAACAGCAAGCGUUGCAGCACAUUUUGAACGCCGUGCAUAUACAACAGUUGAGACAGGCGAUAGUGAGGGCGCUGUGCAGUCAUACCAACAUGAAAAACACCUGUGCCAAGCAAAGUGCGACUCCAGACUCGCCACACGAGCGCUCUCUAGGCGGUGGAGGGUCGCUACUAAACAAAGACGGCGAGAUUACGCUAGGAGGGGGCGAAGCGCCGGUUUCCAUCACAGAAAUCGUGGGAAUGCAGAGUCACCAAACGACGCCAGAAAACGAAGAAAAUCCGUUGGCGCUCAUCCAAUCAAUGACGGCUAGCAGUUGCUCGGCGAGCAUGUCGUCGAAACACUCGAGGAUGUCGACGAGUGCGAUGUCAGUGAUCGCGGCUACGUUGACGUCCCACGCGGAGGUUAUCGGCGACAGUGGCAUAGCGGGACUCGACGAGUUCACGUCCCUCCUGACUGAAAACGACGCCCGAUUGUUAGUCGAUUUGCUUAAGUUGGCCGUGGCGGACAGAAUCGAGGAUGACCAAGCCAAAGAGAUUUUAUCGUCAGUCCUCAUUACUCUCGGUAGCUCGAAUAAAUCCAUCGGGGCCAUGCUUCUAGAACUAUGCGUUACUGAACUGGAAGACACCUCGAAUAGCACUCAGUCCAUGUCGAGUACACCCCAUCCGGUGGUCCAGGAGUCCAGCCAUCCGUACAUCGACGACGUGACCCUCAGAGGUCACGUCCGUCUACCAGGCGCCGACGCCCUCCGAGUCGAGUUCGACCGAAGAUGCUCGACUGAGCGUCGCCACGACCCUUUACAAAUAACCGACGGGACUGGUCGAGUGGUGGCCACUAGAUCCGGGCGAGAGUGGAGCGAUUGGUCCGCCGAGUUGCGCAUUCCCGGUGACGAAUUGCGCUGGACUUUCACCAGCGACAGUUCGGUGAACGGGUGGGGUUGGCGCUUCACCGUCUACCCCGUCAUGUCCAACCACAGCCCGAACGAAAUCGGGUCGGACCGCGCCGUCUUGAGUCAACCCUCCAUGGACAUGGUCAUGUGUUUGCUAGACGCCCGACUUUACCCGACCGCCGAUUCGGCUCUCAUGUGUCGACUGGCGGCGGCGUUGGCGGCGUGUUCGCAACUCAGCUUCUUAUCCGCAAGUCAACGAAUGUGGGCUCUACAGAGACUACACCGACUCCUAGUGGGGGACGACGCCAAAGCCGAAGAAGUCAGUUUACAGCUAGAGCAACUAAAAGCGCCCGAUAGCGCUCUGGGGAGCCUCCUCGAAGAGCUACCGCAAGCUUUGUUAAGACAGUACGAGUACGAAGACGUGUCCGUGCGGGCCGGGCUGCACCUGAUGCACUCCGACUUCUUCAAGGUAUUGGUCGCCCUCGCCUGCGACCUCGAACUCGACAAGAUGGUCGGCUUAAUCGACAACCACAAGUGGUCCUGGUUCCGGAAGUACUGUCACGCGUCGCGAGUGGCCAAGGCCUUGAUCCAUCGCACCCACUUGCCCCUCAACUUCUGUCAAGAAGUACGCAAGAAGUUGUCGGAUUCGGGCGUGGGCGACUCGUGGGAGCACGAAAGGCACGACGUCUUCAAGAAAGAGCACGACGAGCAGCUGCUAAUUUGGCUAAACAGGCGCCCGGAGGACUGGACGUUGUCGUGGGGGGGUUCGGGGACCAUUUAUGGGUGGGGGCACAACCAUCGCGGUCAGUUGGGUGGGAUUGAAGGCGCCAAGGUCAAAAUACCGACUCCGUGUGAGGCGUUGUCUACGUUGAGACCGGUACAACUUCUAGGAGGGGAACAGACGCUGUUUGCUGUGACCGCGGAUGGGAAAGUGUACGCGACAGGGUAUGGAGCCGGUGGGCGUCUGGGGAUCGGUGGUACCGACUCAGUUCUCGUCCCGACUUUACUAGAGUCCAUCCAGCACGUCUUUAUCAAGAAGAUCGCCGUGAACUCGGGCGGCAAACACUGUUUAGCGCUGUCCGCCGACAGCGACGUCUACUCCUGGGGCGAAGGGGACGACGGCAAGCUCGGUCACGGCAACCGACUCGCUUGCGAAACACCAAAGUUGAUUGAAGCCCUACAGGGUUUCGAGGUCGUGGAUAUAGCGUGCGGGGGCGCCCACUCCGCCGCCAUUACCGCCAACGGCCAAUUAUACACGUGGGGGAAAGGUAGAUAUGGAAGACUGGGUCAUGGUGACAGCGAGGAUCAACUUAAACCGAAGUUGGUCGAAGAGUUAGUGGGUUAUAAAGUUAUAGAUGUCGCUUGUGGCUCUGGAGACGCCCAGACUUUGUGUAUAACUGACGACGAUAACGUCUGGUCGUGGGGCGAUGGUGACUACGGAAAGUUGGGUCGAGGUGGGUCCGAUGGUUGUAAAAUCCCGAAGAAAAUCGAAAGCUUGGCUGGUUUAGGAGUGAUCAAAGUGGAAUGCGGGUCGCAGUUUUCCGUCGCUUUGACGCGAUCCGGAAGCGUAUACACGUGGGGAAAAGGUGACUAUCACCGUUUGGGCCACGGUACCGGCGAGCACGUCCGCCGUCCUAAGAAAGUGGCCGCUCUACAGGGUAAAAAAAUCAUCAGUAUCGCUACGGGCUCCUUGCACUGCGUGGCCUGUUCCGACGAAGGGGAGGUCUUCACGUGGGGCGACAACGACGAAGGCCAGUUGGGGGACGACACCACCAAUGCGAUACAAAGACCGAGACUGGUGUCCGCCUUACAGGGUAAAAAAAUUACGAACGUGGCCUGCGGCUCCGCCCACACUCUCGCCUGGUCCACCAAUAACGCGAGUUCUGCGUGCGCGCGCCUGCCGUCGGUCGCGCCCCUCGAAUACGAUCUGCUGCAAGACAUUCCACCGUGGAUUCUGCACAGGCGGCUGGUGCUUUUGUACCAUUUCGCCGAACUGAUAUGCCCGUGCAUUACCAUGUUCCCGAUCACGGGCCCCGAUUCCCUCCAUGAGUUGAGAAGCAUUUUGAUUUAUACGAUCAAGGAAGCGACGUUCAGGAAGGUGGUGCAGGCGACGAUGGUGCGUGACAAGCACCACGGGCCGGUCAUCGAGCUGAACAGGAUACAGGUGAAGAGGUCGAGGUCGAGAGGGGGCUUGGCGGGGGUGGACGGGAUGAAGUCGGUGUUCGGGCAGAUGGUGGCGAAGUUGCCGCUGUUGACGUCGGAGACGCUAGCGCUGCCGCACAGAGUCUGGAAGGUGGAGUUCGUGGGUGAGAGCGUGGACGAUUGCGGCGGCGGCUACAGCGAGAGCAUCGCCGAGAUGUGCGACGAGCUCCAGAACGGGUCGCUCCCUCUUCUCAUUCCCACUCCGAACGGGCGCGACGACGCCGGGCCCAAUCGGGAUUGCUUCGUGCUGAACCCGACGGCGAAGAGUUGUCUGCAUUUGAACAUGUUUAGGUUUUUGGGGGUUUUGAUGGGGAUUGCGAUCAGGACGGGGUCGCCGCUUAGUUUGAACCUGGCGGAGCCGGUGUGGAAGCAGUUGGCGGGGAUCGAGUUGACUCCGGCCGAUUUGACUGAAAUCGACAGGGAUUAUGUGCCUGGGUUGCUCUGCAUUCGGGAGAUGGGCUCGGAGGAGCCGCUUUUCCAGAAUUUGGAGAUGCCGUUUUCGACGCCGUCGUCGUGUGGGAGCGACGUGCCGCUGAGCACGAAGUAUAAGAGGAUUACGUUCGAGAAUAGGUUGGAGUAUGUGAGGUUGGCGCUGAAUUUCAGAUUGCAUGAAUUCGACGAACAAGUCAAAGCCGUCCGCGACGGCAUGUCCAAGGUGGUCCCCGUGCCCCUCCUCUCCCUCUUCAGCGGCUACGAGCUCGAAACGAUGGUCUGCGGCUCCCCCGACAUCCCCCUCAACCUCCUAAAAUCCGUAGCAACGUACAAAGGCGUCGACAGCAGCGCCCCCCUCAUCCAGUGGUUCUGGGAAGUAAUGGAGGAGUUCACCAAUCAGGAGCGCUCCCUGUUCCUGCGCUUCGUGUGGGGCAGGACGCGAUUACCGCGAACCAUAGCCGACUUCCGAGGCCGAGAUUUCGUUAUACAAAUCUUAGACAAGUAUAAUCCGCCGGAUCAUUUCUUACCGGAAAGCUACACCUGCUUUUUCUUGCUUAAAAUGCCUCGAUACUCGUGCAAGCACGUUUUGCAACAAAAAUUGAAGUACGCCAUUCACUUCUGUAAGUCGAUCGACAAAGACGAAUACGCCAGGGUCGCCAUGGCGGGGGAUCUCGCCGUCAGUUCCAGUUCGGACGCUGAAAGCGAUCCGGAGAUGGACAGCAGUAACUAAUAUCUACGGACCCGUCCACUGUUAUUUUUAUGACUUGUUUAGUCUAAGUUGUCAUAAAUUAUUUAGUGAGUGUUUAGGAGUUGUUUUUUUUUUUCUGAAAGAAAUAAUGCUUAGUUUUAUGUGUUCCUAUUAUUUUAUAACGAUAAAUACACUCAGAGCUUUGGCUUGCAUUUGAAACUGUCUCAGAGGGAUCUCGUGAUGUUCUGUUUUUAGUAGGAGUACAUUCCUUGAGUAAUGACUGAUUUUAAAUUAGGCUAAUGUUGAUACUUUCUAAAUAAGAUGGUCAAUUCAUAAAGUUAACUUUUUACACUAUUUUACAAUGGAUGUAUCAGACAAGCUGUAUAUUUGCUAAGGGCCACCGUGUUUGCUACUGUUUUAGCUCCAGCAGAUCAUUUCGACGUGUAUUACGUUUAAGCUCACUUUAGUUUGUAGUUUAGCUGUCUAGUCGAUAUUUAGUUGCAGUUCUUACUCCAUUUAAACGUAAUUGUUUAAUAAAUAUGUACGGUAUAA